AUGCCUGUAGUAUAUGUACCAACAGCUGUCUCCUCCUUAUUAGCCUUAUUACCUUUAUUACCUCCGGAGACAAUUUCCUUAAUUCCUUCCUUAGUCUUAUGGUUACAAGGAGACACUUAUGAAGGGUUUAGUCCUGCUCCUGCUCCUGGUGCUGCUGCUGCUGCUGCUGCUGCAGCAGCAGCAGCAGCAAAUGAGGCUUGGGGACCUUGGCUUGCUGCACCUCAUAGACUCAAAGCACUUGCUGUCUUAGGCGCUAAUGCAUUAGUAUGGUGGAACGUAACAACAUGUAUAUACAGAGAAAUACCUGACGCAAACCCUUGGCUAGUUGGUCUAUCUGCUGCUCUUGGUCUAUCUACUCUUGGAUUAAAAGGAAUUGUACUAGGUCCUAUUCUGGCGACAACACCUCUGAUUGUGAUGUCUGCUGCAUCGAAGUUUAAUGAGAGACACACAAGGUCCCAAGAAGUUGCAUGCAGCACAGAUGCGCAGCAGCAGCUGCUGCUGCUGCAGCAGCAGCAACUCCUGCAGCAACAGCAACUACAGAUGCAACAGCAGCAACAGCAACAGAUGCUGCUGAUGCAGAAUCCCUUGCAAAGACAGGAAGGCGCAGCUGGAAUUUAUGCCACUCGCAUGCCGUCGCUGCAGCAGCAGCAGCAGCAACUGCAGCAGCAGCAGCAGCAGCAAUUGCAGCAGCCGCAGCAGCAGCAGCAGUGGCAGCAGCAGCAGUGGCAGCAGAAGCAGCAACAGCAGCAACCCUUCUCUGAGGAGUUUGCUGCUCCUCCUUCCUUUGGUACCUUUGGGGGCCCCCCUAAGAAGGGAGGGUUUACCUUAGGGGAGUGGCGGCCUGCAGCAAGACCCCAGGGGGGCCCUCAAGGGGGCCCCUAUAUAGGGAUUGCAGGGGGCCCUAUUAGAGGACAGAAGGGAGAGGUAGGGGCCCCCGUGCAUGCAGAUUUCCCAUCUGCUGCUGUCUCCCCCUCUGUAUGCAGCUCGCAGCAGCAAAGCAGCCUAUCGGGGGCCCCCUUUUCCCCUAACCUGGGGGGGCCCCCAGGGGGUACUGGAGGGGCCCCCAUGACGCCUGGGGCCCCCCCUCUUCUCUUCGCAGGACAACAGGGGCCCCCCUUAACACUGCAGCAGCAGCAGCCAGCACUUGCUGUUAAUAUUAUUAAAGGAGCAGCAGAUGCAAUUCGUUGGGUACUGCAGCGCAGCAGAUCGGGUAUGUCCCUUGCUAGUGGUGGGGGCCCCGUGGGGGCCCCCAUGGGGCCCCCUGUAGGGGGCCCUCCAUUCCAGUAUAGUUGGGGUAUGGAUGCACCCUUGGUAGAAAGCCCCUAUCAGCAGCAACUGCAACAACAACAGCAGCAGCCGCUGCAGCAGCAGCUGCUGCUGCAGCAGCAGCAGCAAGAUGAUUCUGCUAGUAGGUUACGUAAGGCAUUCUCUAGUGGAGACAGUUGGAGACAGAUGGUAAGAGCUGAGGGCCCUGCUGCUGCUGCUGCUGCUGCUGCUGCUGCUGCUUAUACAGACCCAGCAGCAGCAGGAGUAGCAGCAGGACCAACAGCUGCUUCUGCUGCAGCAGCAACAGGAGCAGCACCAACAGGUGCUACUCUUGAUGAUGCAGCAAUAGGAGACACAGGAAGGGGCCCCAUGGGGGGCCCCUAUACCCUCCUGCGUAGCAGGAGCUUAGGGAGGGCCCCUUGCUGCCCUCGUUCCCAUUCAGGGCCCUAA